CACGCAGCAAAGCUUUCCCCAAAGAUCGAAGUAAGACAAAACACUCUGUCCCACGUUGUUGUUCCCUUCCUUGCUUCUCUCUGGAAUUCGAAAACUGUUCUUCCUCUGCUUGACGGAAACGGCCAUUUCUUCUGGCCUCCGGUGAUCCCCUCCGUCAUGAGUACCGGCGAGCUCCUCAAUAUCCACCCCCAGGACCUUCAAUUUCCCUUUGAAUUGAGGAAGCAGAUCUCCUGCUCAUUGCAGUUGUCUAACAAGACGGAUGAUUAUGUGGCUUUUAAGGUCAAGACAACGAAUCCCAGGAAAUACUGUGUUAGACCUAACACUGGAAUUGUGUUGCCGAGGUCUACUUGUGAUAUCAUAGUGACAAUGCAAGCGCAAAAGGAAGCACCUCCUGACAUGCAAUGCAAAGAUAAGUUUCUCCUUCAGAGUGUGUUGGCAAGUCCUGGUGCCACCACCAAAGAUAUCACUCCUGAUAUGUUCAAUAAAGAGUUGGGCCGUCAUGUUGACGAGUUCAAAUUGAGAGUUCUAUAUGUUGCUCCUCCUCGACCACCAUCCCCAGUUCGGGAAGGAUCAGAGGAAGGUUCUUCUCCUCGGGCUUCACUAUCAGAAAAUGGACAUUUAAAUGCCUCUGAAUUUACAAUUGCACCAAGAACUUUCAAUGAGCGGGUUGAACCUCAAGAAACUUCAUCUGAGGCAAGGACUCUCAUUCCAAAGGUGACGGAGGAGAGAAAUUAUGCUGCUGAGCAAAAUAAAAAGCUUCAGCAAGAAUUGGAUCUCUUGAGGCAAGAAGUCAGCAGAAACCAUGGUGGCGUGCCAUUUAUGUAUGUAUUUCUGGUUGGCAUUAUUGGCAUCAUUUUGGGAUACGUUUUGAAGAGGACAUGACCCCCAGAAACUUCAAAAGAGACGAAAAUGUAGAAAGCAAUGAGAUUGUGAAUGAUCCAGAAACUCGUGCUUAUUGUACCAACCAAUUGUUGUCACUCUUUGAAGGGGGGAGGGAAUUGAAUAUGUGUGAGUGUUUCUAGCUUCAUUAGCAAAUCGAUAGAUAUUGGGCAAGUUGAUGACAUUUUGUAUCUUUGGAAUUUGGGUAUUUUUAUUUAGUGUGCCAACUCUUUGAAUAAUCUUUUAGAGACUCUGAAAUGCGUAGGAAACGUGGCUAGUUGGAUGCGAAGAACAGUGAGAGGUUUGUUUUAUCUUUUUUUUUUUUUUUAACUACAAGUGGUAGCAUGCGGGAUGGAACCCACAAUCUAUCACCAGCAAGGACAAAUGAUGUCAUUAUACUACAAGGGCAUCAGCAGGUUUGUUUUUUUUUUUUUUUCUUGAGAGUUAUUUUUCCCAGUUACAAGGUACUAUUAUUCCCAUAGUAUCAGCAAUAUAUUUGUCCAUCAGUGAUCAAAUUUUCCACUGAAGGUGCUUUUUGAA